AUGGCGAGCCAUCAUCUGCCGCUUCAGGCCCUGGCGCCCAUCAGUUGGAACGACGUACCACGUCAAGACUUCCAGUCCUUUCUAGACAGCACCUUUCAAGACGCCCACGUCAUCAUCGACUCAGUUCCCUCCACUGUGACACCCGCUGCAAAACCACCUUCCACAGGACGAGCUCGAGCAAAGACCGAUUCCGCUUUAGUAUAUACAGACAUCCAACGAUCAUUAUCGUUGCACCAAUCGCCCGCUGCUGCUGCUUUAUCUGCACAAUUGCGGAAGGAGUGGAAGGAGAUCAAGACAAACCCCAAAGAUAACCCCCUGGGCAUCACCGUGCACAGGUUAGCUGCGAAAGAUGGCAAAGGUGCAUGGUUUGCUAGGCGCAGUGUCCAUGAGGGCUUGUCCUUUGAGCAGUGGAAAUCGGGACUCGAGAGAGAGUUUGCUGAGACCAUGAAGGUGCAGGGAUCACCGGGAAGCGGCAAUAUUCGCGGAAUUGGCGCUGAUAGAAAUGUUGAGCAUCACGUCGUGGAUGCGGGUCAUGUCGAUGUGUUUCAACUUUCUGCUCAGUUCCCUGGCCCAACAGCCCCGCGGGACUUCAUCACACUACUCCUCACAUCCGACUUUUCACACAUAAAGUCUGACCAACAGCAACAACAACCACCUUUACGGCAAUAUAUUGUGGUGUCGAAGCCAUGUGUUCACCCUGAUUGUCCUCCUCGCCAGGGCAUAAUUCGAGGUCAGUACGAAUCAGUCGAAAUCAUACGGGAAGUCCCCAUUCAUGGUGAUGCCGCCGCAAACAAGAGAUCCUUCUCUUCGGCCGAUUUGCUGGCUGACGACAGUCGCAAAUCAAUGUCCCCUAGUCGAUCUAGCGAUGACCUUCAGACGCCUCGAGCGAUUGAGUGGCUCAUGGUGACGAGAAGUGAUCCUGGUGGUAGCGUGCCACGGUUUCUGAUCGAGAGAGGAACCCCCCCGGGUAUCAUUGGUGACGCAGCCAAGUUCCUGGAUUGGGUCUCGUCGACAACCCUUAAGGAUGGUACCCCUCGUUCUGCCCAGGAGACCGAUCAGCGCAAUAAAAACAACGAGAACCCUGGCAAUGGCAGUGCCAAUGGAAAUGUUCCGGCCGUGACAAUUAAUGAUAAUGCCCGAACACCACCAGAGAUGUCUUUCAAUGACGACCAAGAUAGCAGAGAUCAUGAACAAGGCUAUGGCGAAUGGAUACCGAGCAGCACUGGUCUGUAUGGAAUAAUUAGUGGUGCAUUUGGUGUUGCAGGCUCUAUUGCUUCUGGCCUGCGAUCACAAUUCAGCAAUCCACUGAGCUUCAACAGCAGUCAGGACAGCUUAGCGGAUAGCCAGCCUAUACCCGAAGAAGAUGAAAACGAAGACGACAACGCAUCACAAAGCGACACAUCUUCUACGCGCAGCUUCACAUCCGCACCGGAGAAAACUCUGACCCGUGAAAAGGCACCUGAUAGCAUAACUGGCAGCGUUUCUGACGAAUCAAAGUCGCAGCGCCUACAGCCAACAGAAAAAGAUCUCCAGAGGCUUGUGGACCGGCGCCAAAAGCUACAAAGGAAUUACACUCAGUUCCUGGAGCGGAUGGAAACAAAACGUCUUGGCGAGAAAGAGAAAGACGCUGCAUCGCAAGCUAAACACCGCGAGAGAAUCGACAAGGAAAUGGCCAAGCGAGAAGCUAAGCAUAACCGCGACAUGCGAAAGCUCGAGGAGAAGCGUGAGCAGGAGGAACGAAAGGCCGAAGCGCGGAGGAAAAAGGCCGCUGAGAGAGAGGAAAAAUCUAGCCUGACGCUGGCGUUGGAGAAGGCCAGGGCGGACAACGAUGUUGCAACGAAGCAGAUCGAGUUGCUGCGUGGUCAAGUCGGGGAGCUCCAGGCGCAGAACACUAUGCUUGUGGCAAAGCUGGGGCGUAUGGGGGCAUUAAAUAGGGAGGACUCGUCAUCUUCAAAGACGAAUUCUAUCAAGUCAUUGAAAUCUUGA